UGAAGUGUUUUUUUGGUGCUGGUAUCAGGGUAAAACACAGAUGACAGGGCUUAAGGAAGGAGGGGAGCGGGUGACUCUUGAUCUUCUCACGAAGAAAAUGGACGACUUUGCUAGGGAAAGAGAUUGGGAACGUUUCCACAGCCCCAGAAAUCUUCUCCUGGCUUUGGUUGGAGAAAUGGGGGAACUUUCUGAGAUAUUCCAGUGGAAAGGAGAGGUGCCAAAGGGACUACCAAACUGGAAAGAUGAAGAGAAACAACACCUGGGGGAGGAGCUUUCAGACGUGUUACUCUACCUCGUUAGACUCUCAGAUGUCUGUGGGGUUGACCUUGGUAAAGCCGCCCUUAGGAAAGUGGAACUUAAUGCCCUCAAAUAUCCGGUGAAUGGUGACGGUGGCUCUAAGAAGUAGGAGUUGUAAACUAGUAAUACUACAACUUGUUCCUGUCAUUCUGCCGGAUUUACUAGUUACUACUAUCAAGAAUCAAGAAGAUCAGUUGAUUUUCUACCAAAAAAAAGAAGGGAAGAAGACCAGCUGUUUCAUACCCCUCCCCCAACACCCACAAAAAAAAAAAAAAAAAAAGGCUGGGGUUGGGGGUGGCCAGUUGUUGGUUUGCUUCCAAUGGAAAGUUUUGGGUCCUGCAGGUUUUUAUGGUAGUUUUUGCAGUACAGGAAAUAGACUUUUUUUCUAGGCUUAUUAGUUUUAAUUGGAGUGUGGCUUUUCUGGGACGGAUGGUGUUUAUUUUGGCAUUAAUUUCUGGGAGAUUUUGUGACUGCCUUGGCAGUCGAACAGAAUCCCUCUUUCUGGGCAACUCUGAACAGAUGCAUAAGACAUGAAUGUCUCACAGUCCGGCAGCAUUAAUCAAUGC